GUUUUUUGGUCUAGUCUCUUUGUUCAUUUACGGCAAUGACGAGUUCACAAAAGGAUUGCUCAAUGCUGUCAACAAAGAAUGUUAUGGUACCAAACGGACCAGCUGUGUUCUCGAAAAGGUUGGAAGGUAUAUAAGAAAAUCCGUUAAAUCUGUGACAAAUUUACCAAAUGAAGAUAAAAUCAAUUCAGAGCGCAAGCUUCACCUACUGUUCGCAUCCUUCAGAUGUUCAUGCGUCCAACCUUCAACACUAUCUCCAACUUCACCGAUACGGCCACAUUCGAUGCCUUUAUAUCAAGAUCAACCAAAUGAGCAUACAGCAGAAAGACGAAUAUCACAUGAGCGCGUAUUGCGCGAGCGCCCCUCACACGAACUUUCAUCGCAGAACGUAACACUAGAAAGCAUAAAUGAAGAACGUUUGAUACUGAACUCUAUAUCAGAAAACAUAAAUGAAGAACGCUUGAUACUGAACUCUAUAUCAGAAAGCAUAAAUGAAGAACGCUUGAUACUAAACACUAUAUCAGAAUUCCCGAUUGAUCAAAGAACUUUGUCAACAUCCUCUUCAGACUCGGAUUCUACAUUAUGUCCUCCUGAAGUCUUGGAAUCCUGUGACACAUUUAGCGUCUCCGAGAGAUCAAGAAGGCGUUGGGGUUAUGUCAAGCCCAAUGAUUAUUUAUCACCGUAUAUGAUAUAUGCGCAAUAUUUUUCGAGAAACUCAAAUUUAGAAACAGGGUCAUUCACUUCAACGCCAACCUCAUUAAUGUUAUUACGUUACCGAAAACGAUAUAGUCGACGAAGAAAUGGAUUUAUCGCUCCACGUACAGGAAUACCAAAGGAACUACCAGCUUUUGAGGAUUCUUUCUUAUCAUACUUGAGCUAA